UACAGCAUGGAAAGUGACCUUAUAGUUAUAAACACUGGUUGUAAACAAGCAUUUUUGACUAUUUUUGGUGACUUGUGUAGUCGUUAAUUAUUUAUUUUUAUGGGAAGAAGUUAAAGAUGAAUGCACCAGCAACUUUCGAAACGUUUUUGUUGCUCGAUGGAGAAAAGAAAAUAACCAUUACCAAAGACACUAAAGUACCUAAUGCUGCUCAUUUUAUGGUAAAUAAAGAAGAUCACACACUUGGGAAUUUACUAAGGGCGCAAUUAUUGAAAGAUCCUCAAGUGUUGUUUGCUGGGUAUAAAGUACCUCAUCCCCUUGAAUCCAAGUUCAUUCUUCGUGUUCAAACGACAUCAGAUUCCAGUCCACAGGAAGCAUUCACUAAUGCUAUCACAGAUUUGAUUAGCGAAGUUUCGUUGUUGGAAGAACGUUUCAAAGCAGCAAUUCGAGAGAAGAAGGAAGGAAUUGAUUGAUAAUGUGGACUUUAAAUGGAGGACUGCUUAACAAUGAUAAAGCAAUCAUGUUAUGUGUACUGGAAAGAUUUUUAUUUUUUGUAAGAAUUACUUUAGUUGAAGAAAGUGGAUAAUUUACUUUGAUUUACUUUUAAAGUAAAUCAGCAAAACAAAAUGAGCUUGUAGAUCUUGCACAACUACAUAUAGCAUGAUCAGUUACAUUCUUACCCAUAGGAGAUGAGGCAUUAUCAAAUAAUUUUAAAAAAUUUAAUUCUUAAGCAAAAUAAACAGUCACUACCAUUACCAGGUGAAUACAUAAGAUAUUUGUUAAAAGAUAAUAAAAGAAAACUAUUUUAACUUUUCUA